UUUGUUACGAAUGUUAUUGACUUAUUAUUGUGGCACAACUUGUACUGCACAGUAUGCACAUGGCUAGCAGAUACUUCUUUCUUCCUCUUUUUAAAGAACCUGAAAGUUAAUUCAAGCAUUUCAAUAAUACCACAGCGAAAUUUAACCCGCAUGAAUUUCCACCUAUCGUUUUGUCAUUUCCAAACACAAAUAUUAGUUUUGAUGUUAUGGCAGUUCAGUUCAAGAGAUGAGUAGGAAUUAUGCACUAUCAAAUUUCACAUGGCACCAGCGUCUAAAUUUGUGAUGAUUUGCUGGAAUGUAUCGCUGCUCUUGCUUGUGCAAUUUAUUACGCGCAGUUGCAAAUCUGUCGACAUAAAUUCUGGUACGCAAUUGCAGCAAGCCGCACCUUUGCAGUUGGAUUUGCGGCGAAGGAAAUCUCACGAACGUGUAUUCAAGCCCGAUACAAACGAGCGGUACAUCGCGGCGGAGCACGCUAUUGGCGACGGCGUGAAAAAGAAGAAGAACGCGAAGGAUGCGUUCGAUCUCAGUGAUUUCUAUAAUCCCAAAUCAUGGGAAUCCAUGCUGAGCGACAACGACUAUCAGGAACUGGAUGCCACACUACGCCAGGCCAAAUCUGCUCAAUGGGCCAAUGAGAAAAAGCGGGCUGAUAUAGAAUUAGAUGAAGACUACGCGGAAACAGACGAGAACGACACCACGGAGGAGGAGCUGGAUGUGGACUACGAACCGGCCGAAGUGCCCGCUGUGGAUGUGCAGUUGGAUGAAGAGAGCGCCGCCCGAGCGCAAAUGGAUGCUGACGAUACCCUUGAAGAACGACAAACGAGCAGCGGCGACACGGCGGACAAUAUCGCCUCGUGGAUGGAUGUCUUUGGUGCGGAUCCGGAAUACGCCCGCUCCAACAAUCAACAGGAUGACACGGUCAUGGAUAAAUGGCUGAUGCGAGAUGAGGCCAACGCGGUCGAUCAGGCAGCGGCACACGCAGGGGAAAACAGUGGACACGAGCGUGAUGAUGCGCAGUCGGACGACGUUGAUCCGGUUUAUGAUGUGGAAUCCAGCGGAAGUGCCACACGCGAAAAACGCAGUUACCGUUCUUAUGAUGAUGAUUACGGGAGCGCUUACAUCCGAUCAGAGGACGAUAAAAAGGCCGGCAAUAUGGAAGAUACUGAGAACGACAAAUCUUACAGCGAUGAACAAACCGAUGUUGAAGAGGAUAUCACUGGAAACAACCAGCUGGACGUUGAUGAUACCGAAGAAAGCCGACUGGAAACUACCGGAAAUAACGUAAACGAUGAGGAAGAGCUGGACAAUGACAGCACUCAAGUGGAUGCUAAAAAGACGAAUACGGAAGAUGACAAUCUUAUGAGCGUGGAUGAUAAUUCAGAGAAAAGCGAGGAAAACGAAAGCAGAAAAAAGAACAGAAAAAGGAUCAAAACAAAUAAAGCAUCCUUUGACGAUGAUUACGAAGAUAUUCUUGCCGCUUCGGAUCGGUAUCGGCGACUAAAAUCCCGGAAAAAGCAGGAAAGACAGUUUUCCAGCCAGUACUACCCGAAUAACGUGCAGUACCGAAAAGGGCACACGAAAAACAUCGAGAACAGUGACAGCCAGGGCGAAAAUGUGUAUGCCGGUGACGCUUUGGAAGCAGAUGCCAGUUCUUAUAACUGGGAUCAAGGCGCACAGAGGUCCAGUCAGUAUAAAACCGAAUAUUACCCGGAUCGGAAGAUUUCCGACGGCAGCUUAGGAAGGGGGAAGGUUCAUCAUUAUAAAAAUUUGGACAACAGUGCUGAAGAUGGCAUUGUUGCGGACGCAGAUGUGGACUACGUAUAUCGCGAUGAAUUCGAAAAUUAUGAAAAAUCUCGCGGUUCUCCAUUAAAACGCCGUGACAGAACUAAAACAUCGAGUUCAUCUGAAAGGCAAAAGAUGCGACGAAAGCGAAAAGAUGCAAAGGAAGCCGUCGAAUUUGACGAUGAUUAUCAAUUUGAAUCGGAAGGAACGGUGGAGUAUGCGCGCCAAAAAGUCUGCUCUUUUGUGGCUCAACAACUGCCAAACUAUGGUUUUACCGGUGUUAUGAAGCCAGCCACUUCUCAGUGUGAUGUUUUAUGUGAACGCUCUAACGGAAAGCAAACGGUAUUCCACACGUUCCAUCUUAAAAACUGGCCGUGUGGAGAAGACCAGAAAGGUCGCUGCAGCAACGAUGGCAAAUGUGAUGAAGUGUCCUACCAAGCUGACACUGAGAAUGACUGACAUCCGAGAUCCCAGAACGUGUGGAUUUUGUGUCCGGAUAAAAUUACAUCGUGCCGGAUAACAGUCUCGAAGACGACCUAUACGUCGUGCAACAACCUACUCUAGCGAUAACGGUGUUAAGUGAAAAUAAGUGAGCGCUCGCUACUAUUUUUGUUAAAAAUUCUGUAGUAGUGCACCAUUAAUGUGCUGCACAUUUGAAUUCUGACAGAAAAAAAUGAUUGGGUGAAGUUCGAAAAAGUAUAUCGGUAAGCGCCAGUGAAUAUAACGAUGAGUACCGCGCAACACCAUAGUAAGUACUAAGUAGUAUAGUUGUUUUCUGGUGGCACUUCAGUUGGUAGUCGAUUGGAAGUUGAUCUUGAUCGAAGUGAAU